GGAGGAAGGGAGCUCAGUCAGACCCGCAGCUCUCGCAUCUUCCCCACCGCUGACCCCGAGCACCCACCUACUGUCUGAGAGUGAGCCUCCUGUCAGGUUUCACAACUCUGAUUCGCCCAAUCCAGAACUACGGACCGCACGAAGGCAGCUGGUCUCCGCCGAUGGAAGGGAACCGACCACUUACCUCGUCGCAUCUCUAACCCCCUCCUCUCUUGCGCAAUCAGACGCUCCUAUAUACCGAAGUCGCUAGAUGGCUGCCGCACUUUUUUAUUGACCAUCCUCUCUUUCUCUUGCUCCGCCUCAACUCCUGAUCCUCAAUAAUGACUGACUCCGCCACCCAAGAGUCAGACUCCGUCCCGGAGAUGACUAUCGUGGAUCCCUACACGGCCGCCUUGCGCAACGGCCAGUGCGCCCAGGACGGCGUCACCAACAACCACCAUCACCCGGUGAAGAGCCCCAGCCAGCCUGAGGGGCUCCACAAUGGCCAUGAGCUCAAGAUCGCGGACGGCGUGGAGGGGGAAGGUCUCCUGGAGAGCAGCAUGCGACUGAAGCCCCAUGAGGCUCAGAACUACAGGAAGAAGGCGCUGUGGGCCUCCUGGCUCUCCAUCGUGGUCACGCUCAUACUGGCCGUGGCAGCGUUCACCGUGUCAUUCAUGCGACACAGUGCGUCAGCCUUCGGAUUCGCUUUUGAAGCCUCUCUGGACGUCCUGUCAUCAGUCAUCGUCAUCUGGCGCUACAGCAAUGCAGCAGCCGUGCACUCUGCACACCGAGAGUACAUCGCCUGUGUGAUCCUUGGAAUUGUGUUCAUCCUCUCCUCGCUGUGCAUUCUUGGGAAAGCCAUUCACAACGUGGCAGCCAGGAUGCUUCCGGAAGUGGAUGACUUUCUGUACAGCGUCUCCAUCGUCAGCGGCUUCAUGUGUGCCAUCCUCGCUGUGACCAAGUUCAUGUUGGGAAGAGUCCUGACCAGCCGAGCGCUCAUUACUGAUGGUUUCAACUCGCUGGUGGGAUCUAUCAUGGGGUUUUCCAUCCUGAUAAGUGCAGAAGUCUUCAAGCACCACCCUGACGUGUGGUUUCUGGACGGUACCAUCGGCAUUCUCAUGGGACUCAUCAUCUUGGCAUACGGCAUCAAACUCCUGGUGGACAUGGUGCCCCGCGUGAAACAAACAAGAAACUACGAACGCUUCGAGUGAUCGGUGAGAAUGUGCGGACCGCAGAAGCAGGUUCGCACACCCAAAUGUACCUGGAUGCCUCCCGCCCUGCUCUCUUCAUCGGUUGGAUCGACACAUAGGACGUUUAAUUUGCACAUAGAGACGUGGCGCAACAAACAAUGUCUUACUUGUAUAAUGUAAAUAUGGUACACAGCACACUCAUACACAACACACGAAACGUGUCUUAGUACAUAGAGGAAAUCAGUGUUUCAAUAAGGACUCAGUCAUUUUAAAGUAGCUGCUUCAAUGCCAGCUUCAUUCAUAGGUCUGUUUUCACACUAUAACACAGAUUUUUUUAGAUCGGGUUGAGGAGCCGUUGGUGUAGCUAAAGAUGGUGUUUUGGCAAGUUUUUGAAGUUCAUUUGAUGGAUAUACAAAUGACGUAUAAGACAUUUGUUCUUUCAUAAUUGAAAAAUAAAUGUAUUUCUUGUAAAUAGUAAUAAUAUUAUCGACAUGAAUCGUUUGAAUUUGACAGAAAGAAAAGAGGAGGUAACACACUGAAUAUUGUGAGGACAAAACAUGUUCCUCUUCUCUGUGAACUGUGAUGGUUGUCCACAUGACUUGAUUUUACUUGAAAUGUCGCUCUUACUGUAUGCAUCUUCAUAACACAUACUACAUUUGCCAAAUUAUUGUUGCUUGAGUGAAGGCUGUCAUGUUGCAUUUAAUAGUCUUUAGAAAGUCUACAUUUAAGUUAGCAGUAGAUUUAUAACUACUUGAAUUUUUUGUUUACAAUCCACAAAAUCUUUUCAGCUUGAGCUUGAUAGUCUCAAAAAAUGAUGGUAAAAUUGUAGAAACAUUGUUUAUGACGCUACAGUAGUGGGAUCCAUUGGAAUUCUUAUGAGCAAUUCUUAUGACACUCGGCUAAUUCAAGAAGGUAUGACCUUCAGUCAAAUUGACAAAUGUUCUCGGCCGUGCACAUCUUUCUGACUUGUUCCUGUCAAAACAGAGUUCAAGUGGGUUGUGACCUUAAACGUGUCAUUGAAAUAGUUGACCAAUGUUUCACAGUAGCGAGUGCCAUCUAGUGGACAUUGAGGACAUCUUUCACCUUAGGCCUCAACAGCCCAUCACUACAUCUAGACUUUGUGUCCGGUUUACAAAGACUGCAUGUACAAUCUCAGUCACAAGUAUUAGAGACAAAGUAUUUUAAUUUGAAGACUGGGUGUUUCCUGCUUCACUGCUGGGAGAAUGUAGGGAGACAGAAGCACAGAGCUGUAACAACAACGCAAACCUACUUCAAAAACAGUGAUGAAUGAGCUGUGUUUCUUUAUGUAGAGUGAUUUUAUCCGACUCUAUCAGUAGCUACUGUAACAUGACAUUAAUGAAUUGAAAUAACAUUUGCCACUGGGCUUAAGUCUCCAUUGAAUAGUCAACAGAAACAUAAGCACACAGACGUUACGACACACUCUGCAGACAGAUCAGCUCCUUCCACUUAAGUUUUGUGUCAACAUAUCAAGAAAGGAUUGUCACUACAUCCCAGAAAAUACAGGUAUGAAAAUGAAAUCAAAGCCAUGUAAAUAUGUAAUUCCCUUGUUCCAACUGGCGAAAAAAGGUAUGGGGUAUAAUAUAGCGCGAGUGGAUUUACUUAAUUUUACAUUAUUAUAAAUUAUUAUUUAAAUACAAUUAAUCUCUAUUUUCUGGUUUGACAAAUCCGUAACAAGCUCUGAACUAAAACACCACAGGCUUGAUUGAUGUGAACAUUUUUAUCUGUCCUGUUCAAUCCAGUAUUUAUGUUUAAUUUAUUAUGUGUUGUACAUGAUCAUUGUUCAUAUUGCUAUCAAACCCCAUGACAUUAAAACAUUGUGUACAUUAAUGUAUCUGUGUAGAUGAUCUGUCAGCUUCCAGCAUGUUGUACCUCCAUGUUUUCAACCAUAUUAUUGCAAAUAACAAUAGUCCAAAUUGUAUAUUUUAAAUUUGAGAUGCUUGGUGUGGAAAUCUGUUGUGGCCGCCUCUGCUAUAGAUGGGGGAUACUUAGGAUACAGGCCGUUGGUAGCCAAAUUAUUUGUGCUUAGAACCUGCAUUUUGCUGUUUACAUAUAAGUUUUACUGUAAACGUUUGCACUGUACAAUGAUUUGAUGUUGAUGUGACCUGAUAUCCAAGGCUCCCUGAUACAGUACAAAUAUUUUGUGUUUUCAUUUAACUGGUUUAAGGGGCUUUUGAAAUGACUAAAAUUAUUUAGUGGAUUUUUUUAUUUUCUAAAGUCCAUGGUUUUUAUUCUAUUAAGUAGUAGGCAAAAUUGGAAAAACACAAUAUUUUUUCUUAAAUUCAUUUUAAUGCGUAGAACGACGUCAGACGUUAUCAGCUAUCAGACAUCGCCAUCUGGUGGGUAACAAGAAUACAGUCUCUUUUUAAUAAAUAACUGAAGAAGGCGUCAGUUUUCAAUUCUUCUAUGAACGAGUUCUAUUCACUGCCUACAGGGGACAACAUUUUAACUAAUAACGUUGCACUGAUUUAGACAACAAUGAUUCAUUUUUAAAAUUAAAUCUUGUGCAGAAUUAUACUCUUGGAUUUCCAUCAUGGAUAUAAGAAUAACAGUUGGUUAAAAAACCUGUAUAAAUCUUAUGUAUUGGGGCUCACUGUUAAAUUAAAUCAAUUUAUGUUGAUCUGAAUUCAAGUGGAUUUGGAAACACAGAGCAUAAUUAUUAUGUGUAUUAUUCUAUCACAGUAUUUAAUAGCUUAUGUAUUCUUCAUGUUUCCCACUGUCAUAUCAUUGUCAUUGGCAAAAUAAACGGACUGCACAUCAAUAUUUCGUUCACCCUUCAUGAAGCAGCCACUUCUUGUUUGGAGCCUUGGACAGGUCCCUGCUGCGACGUCAUCGACAACAAAGCACCAGCUCCGUCCUUCAGUUUCCGUCGACUAACAUGAGCUACUGUAGCUCUGAAGGUGUGUGUGCCUCAUCACUCCUCUUCAACUCGCCAACAUUGCACUGACUUGUAAAGCGGCUCACUUUCCCUGCUCCUGCGAUGCACAGGUGACAAUCUAGAGCAGCUGAACUCCAACAGCAGUGUUUACAGGCUGACGCACACACAGCGAGCACAAAACAAGCCUGUGGAACAGCAGUUUCUCUUUCUUAACUCUGUGUCUAUUGAUGCGUAUGGAAUGGAAACUGAGUCCUUUCUACCUCUAUUCUUUGCACUUUCUUUCAUGUCCAUGCUGAUUCUCCUGCCACUAAUGUCAGUCAGCAAUGUUGAUGUCUAGUUGUUCAGUGACAAACGUGUCGUGUGACAUUGAAUCAUGGAUGGAUUGUUAAACACAGUCGUGGCUUUGGCUGAAGCCCAGAGCCCUGGUGAAAUAUUGUUACUCGUGCGAUUAAGUAACUGAAACCCAUUUCCUGAAAUGUGCCAAAUCAUGAACAACCAUCGACAUUCUUGAUGCCACAUCCUCAAAGAGCAAUAUGAAAUUCAAUUCUUCAAAAGUCGUUCGAAGCUCUGCAUGACUCCAAAAUGUAUUGAAGUACUGUACAGUGAUGACAUCAGUUCUACUGAAGU